GUCACCAUGCGCCGGGACGCCGUCCUGGCGGGCGCCCUGGUGGUCUACGCCGGGUACCUGGUGCUGGGCGCGCUGCUGGUGGCUCGGCUGGAGCGGCCGCACGAAGCCCGGCUCCGGGCCGAGCUGGGGGCCCUGCGGGAGCAGCUGCUGGGACGCAGUCCCUGCCUGACGGCGCCCGCCCUGGAUGCCUUCUUGGAGCGGGUGCUGGCGGCCGGACGACUGGGGCGCGUCGUGCUCACCAACGCUUCGCACCCCCAAAACACCUCGGACCCCGCCUGGGACUUCGCCUCCGCGCUCUUCUUCGCCAGCACGCUGGUCACCACCGUGGGCUACGGCUACACGACUCCGCUGACUGACGCGGGCAAGGCCUUCUCCAUCGUCUUCGCCCUCCUGGGAGUGCCCACCACCAUGCUCCUGCUGACCGCCUCGGCCCAGCGCCUGACACAGCUGCUUACUCACCGCCCCUUGUCUUGGCUGAGCCUGAGAUGGGGUUGGGAUCUUCGGCAGGCAGCUCGCUGGCACUUGGUAGCCUUGCUAGGGAUCAUCAUGGCUGUGUGCUUCCUGGUGCCAGCUGCCAUCUUUGCCCACCUUGAGGAGGCAUGGAGCUUCCUGGAUGCUUUCUAUUUCUGCUUCAUUUCUCUGUCUACCAUCGGCCUGGGGGAUUACGUACCAGGGGAGGCCCCUGGUCAGCCAUAUCGGGCCCUCUACAAAGUGCUAGUCACAGCAUACCUCUUCCUGGGCCUCAUGGCUAUGGUGCUGGUGUUGCAGACUUUCCGCCAUGUGUCUGACCUCCAUGGCCUCACCCAGCUCAUCUUGCUGCCCCAUCCGUGCCCUGCCAGGCUUGGGGAAGAAGAAGAGGAUCACACGGACAUUCUGCAGCGCCAGCCUGAGCUACACCAGCACCUGUCCACCGAUGUUCAUGCUGACUACGAGUCCAUCCCCAGGUAGCUGGGCAGGUGUUUCCUCACCCAGCAGGAUAGACUUGGCCAGGGCGAUGGGGCCCAUGUGGUGGUGGCUAGAGCUGACCAAGCACUGGUGUGAGCCAGGCAUUGCGGUUGAUUGUCUCUUUCUCUUUCUACAUCCUGGGUUCCUCUGAGCACUAAGAUUCCUUUUUUUUUUCUUUUGUGCCCAUCCUGGGACUUGAACUCAGGGCCUGGGU